AGGCCACGUAACGCUCACGCCGAAGAGUCAUGGCGACGAACCAAGAGGAGGAGCCGUCGCGCGAACUAACCAAGGCCGAGAUCCUUCGCUUGUGCCGACACAAUCGCAUCUUGGUGUCGGCCGCGCAGCAGAAAAAGCUUCAAGCUGACCUCUCGGGUGCCACACUCACGGCCGCCGAGAAGACGCGUCAGAACCACAUUGACUUUGUCUCGGACCUCACAGGCUCUGGCGUCGCAGUCGAGGUCCUCACCGAGUCGACCCGGGUGUGGACUGCGCGCGUUGGCUUGGAGAAGCUCUGGGUCUUCAUGGACGUGACGUACUCGAUCUUGGCGUGGCGGCCCGCGACGUGGCUCUGGGGCGCACCCCCGGCCCGCCCAUUGGAAAAUGAUUUUGAGCACGACCCACGCCACAUGCAUCUCACGCGCGUCAUCACGCUGCUGCCAAAGACGCUUCCGAGCGGUAAUGGAGAGGCGUCUCCGUGUCUCCUCCUCGAAGAUGACGAGCAUGUCAAGCUCACAUUUGUCUGCACGUCCAAAGAAGAGCAAGCACGCAUGCUCGCUAGCUUGAUGAAGCUCGUGCAGCACGCCAAGAACCGCGCCGAGAACAACAACAUAGAGAGCGAUGACGGUGGACACAAUACCGAAGACAACAAGCACAAGAGAGAAUAAAUGAAGUCCAAGUGGAACACGAGUCGGCCAUAUCUCACUC